AUGACUGACAAAAACACGAACGCUUCAACAACUACGACCUCUGUAAGUACUUCAAGCACAGAAAACAUUAAAUCAUUAACAACAACAAAUGACUUCGAUAAUUUUCUGUCUUCAUCAUUGGUCGCCAACAAAUUAUUACUUGUUCAUAUUGAAUUAGAAAAUAAUGAAGUUUGUAAAACAUUAAAUGAUGCGCUAUUAAGUCUAAUUCGUGAACCAGAAUUUAUGCAUCAAUUGCAAUUAUGUCGUGUAAAUGCUGAUCAUGAAGUUUAUGAUCUUUUAAAUCGGUAUAAUGUUACAUCGGCACCAACGAUAUUAUUAAUUCAUAAAAAACAAUUAAUUGAUCGUGUUGAUGGCUUUAAUCAAAGUGAAUUAAUUAAAAAAGUUAAAUUACAUUUGAACACAAUUGGGAUUGUUAAUACAACAACAACCGAUCAACAGCAAUCAACACAAUUAACAAAAGAUACAGAACAACGUAUUCAACAAUUAUUAAAUCGAUCACCAAUAAUUUUAUUCAUGAAAGGUACGCCAACAAAUCCUCAGUGUGGUUUUAGUCGACAGGCCUGUCAUAUAUUGGAUGAAAAUAAUAUUAAAUUUGAUUAUUUCGAUAUAUUAUCUGAUACAAAUUUACGUGAACAAUUAAAAAAAUAUUCAAAUUGGCCAACAUAUCCACAGUUAUAUAUGAAUGGUGAACUGCUUGGCGGCCUUGACAUUAUGAAACAAAUGAUCGAAACCGGUGAUUUUCAAACAAAAGUUAAAUUACAGAAAACCGAAGAAUUAAUAACAGAUUCAAAUAAACAAUUAGAAAGAUUAAUCAAUCAAGCACCUGUCAUGUUGUUUAUUAAAGGUACAAAAGAGCAGCCACAAUGCGGUUUUACAAAAGAAUUAUUUGAAAUAUUAUCCCGUUCAAAUAUUACUAACUUUAAAACAUUCAAUAUUUUAGAGAAUGAAGAUGUUCGUCAAAAUCUUAAAACAUAUUCUAAGUGGCCAACGUAUCCUCAAGUUUAUGUUAAUGGGGAGUUCAUCGGUGGUCUUGAUAUUAUAAAACAAUUGAAUGAACUAGGAACAUUAAAUGAAACAUUGAAUAGUAUCGGACAGCCAGUUUGA